UCCGAAGUUCUUAUGUGAUUCGUGUGGAAAUUGUUUCAGUUAAUUUAGUCAUCUUAAAGAUAAAUCAAGAUAAUUUAGUCUUCAGUCAGCUGUAACUGUAACCCUGUCAGCACUCAGCAGUAUUGCUCAUUGCCCAAUUCUCAAUUCAGUCAAUUGCAAACUAAAAUAUUUUAAUCAUGAGUGAUGAAGAAGAGGAAAUAUAUUGUAUUUGUCGUUCCAGUGACGUAUCCCGGUUUAUGAUAGCUUGUGAUAACUGUGAAGAAUGGUAUCAUGGUGACUGCAUCAAUGUCACUGAGAAGGAAGCAGGCAUCAUUAAGAAGUUUUUCUGCCAGGUUUGCCGUGAGAAAAAUCCAAGCCUUCAAAUCCGCUACAAAGUAAGUAAGGUUCUUAAUUCAUCAGAAAAGCACAGUAAAGACAAAGAUAGACCAAAGAAAGAUGACAAAACAAAAGAAUCAAAAGGAUUUUCCUCAAAAUCCACUGACAGAUCAAUUGAAGAAAAAGUGCAAGCUAAGAAAGAUAAAAGUAAAAUUGCCAAGCCAAAGGAACAUAAAAAGUCCUUCCUGCAGGAUAGUAAGGAUAGAGAAUCUCCUGCCAGUAAAGAUAAAAGUAAAUGCAAAUCACCUAGAAGAGAAUAUAGUAAAGUUGCAACAAGUCCUGAUAAUAUCAAACACAAAUCUAAAGAAAAGUGCCUUAAAGACGAAAUCCACAAAGAUAAGAAACUCAGCAAAGAUAAAAGUUAUGAAAAAUUGGAUGGAACAUCUGAUAAAAAGAAAGUCAAGGAUAUUCAUAAAGAAAGUAAAUCACAUAUUGAUGGCAAAGUAAAGAAGAAGGACAAACCCAAAGGAUCGUCCAACACUCCUAGCAAAGAGUCCAAAAGCCAUAAAGAAAAAAGCCUCAAGACAGAAUCAAAAAUGGCUGCAAAAAAAUUUUCAAAUCUAGAAGUCACUGCCAACGGGUCAUCAGUCAAGACUCCUUGUCAUGAAGUUGCCACUCCAAGUGCUCCAGUGAAAGAGAAGCCCUCAGCUCCAUUGAAUAUUUCAAAUUCCAUACCAAGCUCGAGUGGAGACAUUGUGCGAGACACCAUACAAGAUGUUAUUAAAAGUGAUAAAACCAGUGGGGUGUUUUCAAGCAUCCUCGAAAAAACCUUAUCUCGUCCCAAACAAACAACCGCAAGCGCGCUCAUAGCUCCUACUACGCAAAGCAAAUCCAGCAAUAAGGAUUCACCUCAGCUUAGUAGUACAAAUAAUUCUUCAAAAACAUCUAAUUCAUUACCAAGUAAAACUAGUGGUAUUAGUAGUAAUAGUUCUAAAAAUGCAGGGAAGUUAUCAGGCCGGCAGUUGAGCGUAGAUUUAAAGGAUAUAAUGGUGCCAGGAAUUAAAUGUGGCACCUGCGACGCCUGUCGUACACCGCGAGACUGCGGUGUGUGUGUCACGUGCGUCGGGGGAGACAAGAACCAGAGCUGCCUUGCACGGUGCUGUAGAAAUCAGGUUGCGACAAAUUCCGGUAUUCCAUUGAAUCGUCCUGUUACCACUCCGGAAGCUCGAGCGUCAGGAGACAUAAAUGUUCUCCCGCCCGCACCUCCCGUGCGACUGGCGGCCAAGUUGCCCCGCAGCGACGUCUUGUGGCAGUCGAGCAGCGACGACGAUGACGAGCGGUCACGCACUGUCCUCAAGGAUCGCAACGAGCGUCUAAGCGAUGACGAUGCAUGGGAACCUGCUGGAAAAAUAAUGGAGCCGCCUGCUGCGAAGACAAAGAAUAAGAUUAAAAAGAAGAAGACGACGGUGGCAGGAGGUGGCGGCGGCGGCCGCAAGCGCAAGGCAGAGGAGGUCCGCGGUGGCAGCGACGACGAGGACGGUGGCAGGCGGCAGUGUCAGGGUCCAGGGUGCGUCAGGGCUGCCAGACCCCACAGCAAGUAUUGCUCCGACGAGUGCGGGCUGCAGCUCGCGCAGAAGAGGAUCUUCGCGGAGCUGGAACGCGUGGUAGAGCGCGGACUUCAGCUCAUGGUGGACCCCCAGGCGGAUGAAGAGAUUGAAGACGAAGGGACCGAGGGACAGGGCGUCUACUGCGUGACGUGUGGCCACGAGGUGUCCACGCGACGUGCUAUCAAGCAUAUGGAGAACUGCUUCAAUAAGAUGGAGAGCCAGACCACGUUUGGAUCCCAAUUCAAAACUCGCAUUGAAGGCAACACGAUGUUCUGCGAUUUUUACAGUCCCUCCACACGCACUUACUGCAAGCGCCUGCGUGUGAUGUGCCCUGAGCACUACAAGGAACCUAAAGUACCUGAAACCCGGGUGUGCGGAGCGCCGUUACUGCAGGACUUGUUCAAGGAGAGCGGUGAGUUGUGCCGCGCGUCUCGCAAGAAAUGCAUCAAACAUUACCGCUGGGAGCGGCUAUGCAGACCAGAUGUUUGCUUAGACAACACCUGCUGGCGAGAUUGGAUGAAACUGGACGAGUUACUGGAGCAAGAGCGCCUAGUGCGUCAGUCCAUGACGAACAGAGCGGGGGUGCUGGGCCUGAUGCUGCACUCUACCUUCGAUCAUCCUCUCGCUUCUAGGUUUGAGCAACUGAAACUGCAACAGCAGCAACAACGGGAACAGCAGCUGAGACAACAGCAAGAACAGCACUUCGCCCAGCAAAUCGACCAGGCUUCAAAAACAGAAAAUGAGGCGCAUGACACUUUCGCGUCUCCUCCAGUUGUACAGCGGUUAUCUACUGAGACAAUGCAGCCAGAAGGGCGUCAAAUACUACAAACUAUUCAAGUUCAGAAACCACAGACAAUCACGAUACCUAAGUUUCGCCUGUAUGGUCCUCAACAGCCGAUGCACAAAAUUGGAAAUCAAUCAGGUUCGAACCCGCAGGUCGUACGCGUUCAGUUGCAGUCGCCCCAGCAGCUCAAUAUGGUGCGCCCUAAACCCCCGACACACGUGGUCGUUCAGCAGUCCAACGCGUUACCAGAACAACAACAGAUGGUAAACCAACAAUCCCUAAAUCAGAGACCAGUAUUACAAGUGCAGUAUUGCAAGCCACAGGGGCAACAGCAACCCUCACAACCCCAUGCACAAAGUAAAGUUACACUCUCAGACCACCGAUAUUUCCAGAACCCUGCCAAAGUUCCUCAGACUCCUAACACCGUGACACUCGUGCGUCGCUCUGACCACAUUUAUUACCGACCUCCGGCGUCGGGUGCUGCUCACCUCAAGCUUAAGGUGACACAGCAUAAAACUACCACCCCGCCCAACCAGAAGAAAGUCAUCCACCUGCAGAAGUCUGCUAGUGGCAGUUUGUACCUGCAGACUCCACAGUCUCAGACAUCUGCGAGGUUUGGCGACCAAGGGGUGCGGCCGCACCAAGAUCACCAGUACGGCGUGCCGCCUGCUCCUCUGUACCUACGGUCUCCCUCGCCCCGUCCGCCCUUGCGAUCAGAUCACGUCUACUUCAGCAGCAAACCUCCUCGUCCCAGCAAAUAGGAAUUUCUUUGUAUUGUUUAUAAUAUCUUUCCAAGCUGGCCAUGUAUAUAUAUUUCUUAUGUUCUUGCUAGAAUUACUACGAAGCAAGCAUAUUGAAAAAUUGAUUGUGAGGCGCGAUCUUGUUCGAACCAGGGAAUAAAAAGUUUUUCUUUGCGGCUGAUAAUUGCGUGGCCCAUAGCGGCUGAUGUGGGAGACGAGGGAGUGUCACCGGAAGAAAGGAGAGAUGGGCGAAGGCAGGAAGGUUGGCCAUCAAGACCGCAGUCUCCACAACUGCCCAACAAGAUGUCAAGGCAAAAUUAUGCUGAGUUGAAAGGAUGGGGGUCUCCUCGCUCAGUGCAGGUGGUGCUUGGUAAGCGUCCGACCCUAAGCGUGUAGGAUUCCAGUUGUAUUGGCCCCACUUGAGCUCAGCGGUAAAUGAGGGAGGAAGGAGCGAGGCCUCUUUGGUGGCGAUAGGAGGUGGGGGAGCAGCAGGAUAUUGUUCAUGUUAGCAGCCCCAGCGAUGCGGGUGCCGCCUGUAUAAGAGUAGCCACGAAGUGGUCAUAUUAGAGGAGGAGCAGGCUGGAAGAAGCUGACAUGGAACUGUGAGCAUGGAAGUUCCAGAAGGAAGGACUCUUUUAAAAAAUGUCAAUAGCGACGGCUCUUAUGUUGCCUUCACUGUUACUAAUGUUUGUUAAAGUAAACAAUCGUGGAUAAUUU